UCUGACAACCAAACGCUUUUGAGCAUUGGCAUAUUUGCAGAAGUCUAUCUCGUGGAUAAAAAGAUAAUUAGGAAGGCUCCUCGUAGUGGCAGCGAGGAACAUAUCCGGCCAAUAGUUCGUGAAGCCGAUAUUUACGCAAUUCUAGGCAACCAUCCCCGAAUUGCUCAAUGCAUAUCCCUCAGGAGACAAGAUUAUGUGGAUGUUCAAUAUUAUCCUCUGGGGGAUUUAGCCGAUUACCGCCAGACAAACGCGAUUGCCCCCGACCUGCAAUCCAGAUGGUUUCAACAAAUUAUUGAAGCAGUUACUUUCAUUCAUAGCCAUGAUAUUAUCCACUCGGAUUUGGCAUUACGACAAUUUUUCAUCGAUAGUGACUUGAAUGUCCGCCUGGGUGAUUUCAACUCUUCGCAGUACCCUGGACACCCGGCUUUAGGCUAUGAGAAGGCAUCUCAUUGCCUGCCAAGGGAUUAUGAUAUGCCAAACACAGUUAUGUCGGAUCUCUUUGCUCUGGACUCUACAUUAUAUGAACUUGUUACUGGUGUGAUUCCAUAUCAUGAGCUUUACCCGGUCGAGCCUGAGGAAAUUGUGCGGUCUAGUGACCACACUAUUAUUCGAGCGCGAAUUCAGCGGCAACAUCAGGCUGAUUGCGAGAUUGAAGCGCGGUAUAGGGAACAGCGAUUUCCUGAUGUAUCUCAAACCUUUGGAGGAGAUGUUAUUUUGGGGUGCUGGAAGGGGGGACUUUACUACAGCAGAGCAAGCACUUGUUCAUUACAUAGCAAUGAUACCAAACACCUAGCGAACCUGGUUUUCAUUAUCUGUUGUGUUGCUCUAAUAGAUUAUAAUCAUCACGCAAAUACUUUAGAUACAGCAAUUCAGGAUAUAGUUCCUAAUAUUUGCAUAAAUAGAUGA